ACUUAUAAAUUUCAGUUUUUGGGAGCACAGCACCUAGACCUGUGAACCCCCCUUUCUCUUCUUGUUCUUCUUCUGCAAAUUUGAGUGAUGGAUCUCAGUGCCCCUCAUUCCAUGGGAACCACCAUCAUCGGCGUCACUUACAACGGCGGUGUUGUUCUCGGAGCCGACUCUCGAACCAGCACUGGAGUGUAUGUUGCAAACCGGGCUUCGGAUAAAAUCACGCAGCUCACUGAUAAUGUCUAUGUUUGUCGCUCUGGAUCGGCUGCUGAUUCUCAGAUUGUUUCUGACUAUGUGCGCUACUUUCUUCACCAGCACACGAUACAGCUCGGUCAACCUGCCACAGUCAAAGUUGCUGCAAACCUUGUCCGGCUUCUCUCAUAUAAUAACAAGAAUUUCUUAGAGACUGGCUUAAUUAUUGGUGGAUGGGACAAAUAUGAAGGUGGUCAAAUUUUUGGAGUUCCACUUGGUGGAACAAUAGUACAGCAACCUUUUGCUAUUGGAGGAUCUGGCUCUAGUUACUUGUAUGGUUUUUUUGACCAAGCCUGGAAAGAAGGAAUGUCCAAGGAUGAAGCUGAGGAUUUAGUAAAAAAGGCAGUUUCACUGGCUAUAGCUCGUGAUGGUGCAAGUGGUGGUGUUGUCCGAACAGUCAUAAUAAACUCAGAGGGAGUGACCAGGAAUUUCUAUCCUGGGGAUCAACUUCCCUUAUGGCAUGAGGAACUCGAGCCUCAGAAUUCAUUGCUAGACAUUCUUGGUGCCCCUGAACCAAUGAACAUUUGAAGAAGUUGCUGUUUUCAAGAAUCUUGCGGACUAGAUUAUAUCUUGUCAUGUCUUUUCUGAACCAGUUUAAUCGUUUGUGUAACCUAGUAAUUUGUCUGAUUAGAUUUUUUUAAUCCUUUUAAUCAUGUUGUUUUCUCAUGUUAUCAGCCAUAGAAAAUCUUUAUUCA